CGGUUUAUUCAAUUUGAUAAAUUAGGGUUUCUUCACUGUCCUAUAUAUACAAAGCCUAACGCAAAACCCUAGUUUUGUCUUGCAGGCGAAGAGAUGGCCACCGUUCCAGGGCAGCUCGUGUGGGAGAUCGUCAAGAAAAACAAUUCCUUCUUGGUCAAGCAGUUUGGAAGGGGCACCCAGAGCGUCGAAUUCAGCAGAGAGAGCAACAAUCUCUACAACCUCAAUUCGUUCAAGUACUCUGGUUUGGCAAACAAGAAAACUGUUACUGUUCAGCCUGAGGGCAAAGAUCAGGCUGUGUUGUUGGCUACAACCAAGACAAAGAAGCAAAACAAGCCCGCUGCAUUGCUCCACAAAUCUGUGAUGAAGAAGGAGUUCAGGAGGAUGGCAAAAGCUGUUGAAAACCAGGUGGCCAAAAAUUACUACAGGCCUGAUCUCAAGAAGGCUGCCCUUGCAAGGUUGAGUGCUGUUCACAGAAGCCUCAAAGUUGCCAAGUCUGGUGUCAAGAAGAGGAAUAGACAGGGCGUGAGAGUCGCUGGUAGGAAGUGAAAGGGAAUUGAGAAAGAAUCUGCUGUUCAAUCUUCGUUUUUGCCCUCUCUUUCGUGUUUUUAGAACUCCAAUCUAGAUUUCUCGAGUUUGUUUUGCAAUGCAGUUAUUUAUUAAGUAUUCAAUAUGAAAACUUGAACUACCAUGUUAUAGAUUUCACCUUGAUUUGUGUCUCGGUAUAUUCGCCUCAUGAUUGUUGCUUUAAAAGUCGCUCUUCCGACAAAAUAGCUGGCUAUUAUUGCCUCAAAGGAGGGAUAUGAUUAGUGUGUUUAGCAUUGAAACCCUCGAUUUAAAAGAUAUUUUUAUUUCUA